GGGAAGAAGCAUGUCCCGUCUGUCUCUAACACGGUCCCCGGUUUCUCCUCUGGCUGCUCAAGGAAUUCCUCUCCCAGCUCAACUCACCAAGUCGAACGCUCCCGUGCACAUCGAUGUAGGAGGACACAUGUACACCAGCAGCCUGGCUACCUUGACAAAGUACCCAGACUCCAGAAUAAGUCGUCUGUUUAAUGGCACAGAGCCUAUUGUCUUGGACAGUUUAAAACAACAUUAUUUCAUUGAUCGAGAUGGUGAAAUUUUCAGAUACAUAUUAAGCUUCCUAAGGACAUCUAAGCUACUGCUCCCAGAUGACUUUAAGGACUUUAAUCUUUUAUAUGAAGAAGCAAAGUAUUACCAGCUGCAGCCAAUGAUUAAGGAACUUGAGCGAUGGAAACAAGAGAAAGAACAAAGGAAACAUUUCCAGCCUUGUGACUGCUUGGUCGUAAGAGUGACUCCAGAUCUGGGGGAAAGGAUUGCAUUGAGCGGGGAGAAAGCUUUAAUAGAAGAGAUCUUCCCGGAGACCGGGGACGUCAUGUGCAACUCCGUAAACGCAGGCUGGAACCAGGACCCUACCCACGUUAUUAGGUUUCCUUUGAACGGAUACUGCCGGUUGAAUUCAGUGCAGGUGCUCGAAAGAUUAUUUCAGAAGGGAUUUAACGUGGCAGCUUCAUGCGGUGGUGGGGUGGAUUCCUCUCAGUUCAGUGAAUACGUGCUGUGUCGCGAAGACAGACGACCACAACCUACCCCAACAAUCAGAAUAAAACAGGAGCCCCUGGACUAGUCCCUACCCGUACUCCUUUGUAACCGUAGAAGUGUUUAAUAGUCCCUUAUGUGAAACACUAAGGAUUUGCAAAACAGUAUUAGCAAACAGAUUUUGACUUUAUGUUGCCAAUUAGUGGUAUUCUGAAACUACCUGUCACAUAGCCAGCCAUGAAAUGCAUUUGAAAAACCAGUUGUCCGUUUUUCACAAUGAAAUUCCUGAGCAUGCUCAGCGUACCAGCCCUGCUGGGAAUAACGUACUUUGGGCUGAAACAGCUGUGGUGGUGAAAAAGGCAAAGCUUCGUAAACCCCUGACCCUAGAUUGGACUUCUGCAGAAAGACCAAGUAAAGCAAUUUGAGUAGAUCAGCAGGAGAAACGGUUCUGACAGCCUUUCCGACGAUACCCCGAUGCUGUGACGUGUGGAAGUGGGCACCUCCGAGAGGAAGAUGGUACACGAAAAACUGCACUGAGUAUCUUCCCUGACUGCCGCACCUCCUUCAUAUCAGACGUGCUUUACACCUCCCAUACAUUACAUUACACUUCUGUGAUUGUACUCACUCAUGCUAGCAAAUGGCUUAUUUUUAUACAACAUUUCCAACUGAAAUAUCUCUCUGUGGACAGAAUCCAGAAUCAGAAAAGGACAGAUUUAUAGUCAACUGGUGCUCAGUACUAAAAAAAACCACACAAAUGAAACAAAACAGCAACAAAAAAAAUAACAAGGCCGAUGAUGGCAAUAUUUGCAAAAGUAGGGAUCUGGAAGCACAAAAUAAAAUGCCAUCCACCAUCACACAAGGGUCACAUACCUAACGUGGAGCUGUAGUUCUCUUAAAGCCAGUCUUGUUUUGACUCGGAAACUCUUAAGUUUUGCAUCAUCAAAGCAGCAUGGUUUGCCAAGCAAGCUCUGCCACCCCUUGUUACUCAUUUACUAACCGUGUUAUAAGCCCACAUUUAGAAGGAAGCGUUACGAAUUUUGGACAAGCCUACUCUUCAUGGGUCUGGAAUUUUUGCAAAAAGAUGUUAAAACCCUCUACUGCCAUUGUCCGAUGAAAGCAGGCCACCUUUUGUUUAGAUUGUUUUUCCCCUGUUAUUUUAAACUAUUAUUAAAAUACCGAUUCUGUAGCUGCCCUCUAUCUGUGUAAUUUUCUCUAUAACGAAGCCCGCUGUCUGCAGGAGGUUACUGCUCCUUCCAUGAAUCAGUAUCGACUCUGACUUGCAGGGCUUCCUAACUCAGGAGACAGCACCAUGUUUGCAGGUGCAAGGUUAUAAAUAGCAUUCUGCUAAACCCUGUUUAUUGCUGUUUAGCAUGAUUCACGUGUUAAUCGCAAUUUAGUUUCUCCCACAUUAAUUUAUAGAAUACUGUUGUAGAUGCUGAAUUUUAAUUAAACUCUUUCUAGAUGCAUAAAUAUGGCCAUAUAGAACAAGGGACAGAGUAUUAGACGUCAACAAUUCCUUAAUGCCAAAUGAUUACAAUCAGGCAAAAUAAAAGAAUCACGUUUAAGACUAAUAUUUUCAAAAGCGAUGAGCUGUACUGAAUAUCCAAGGUGCAAUCUAGGCGGGGGGUCUAACUUCUCGAAACGGGCUGGAUACCUGCCUGUGGAAAAUCGGACCUCUGCAGGUUUUCUCACCUUGGUUACUCAACUCGGAAAUCUCUUCUGGAAAUCUUAGCCGAUACGUAUCGGCCUGCUAACUUAGCAGAACAGUUGAGCAAAUCUGUCUACUUCAAAAGAGUUGUAAAGUUAUUUUAUUUUGUGGUUUUAUACUUGUACGACAUUCUGAAGUUGCUAGGCAUUGCCGUAUUUGAAUAUAUGGCACAACAUUCACCUUUGUAUGUAAGAUAUCUGUAGAAUUGUAUAUUAUACAUUUAAUAUUGUAAAGAACUUAACGUAUAAUUGUCACGUAUUUGUGUAUGCACAUUUCUUAUACAGUACUUCAUGCCAUAAACAUUUCUGUAAAGUAAAUGAUCAAAAACAAGAAGUAGGGUGGAACACUCACUGUAUCUCCCGUGUUGUUUGAAAGAGGUGAGAACUUUCGAUUGCGUCUCCUCCGGCCUUUUGCUCCGUUCAGCUUGAUGUAGCCAUGUCUUACAAAAAGAGAAAAAAAAAAAAAUUUAUUUAUUACUUUCAUACAUUGAGUCCACUUUAAGUUCAACGUAUCCUUAAAUAAUCCGUUCAGCCUCAUGUUUCUAUCCUGUGAACACUUCUGUCCUGCCCUCCUGAACAGGGAGAGUUAGCGCUAGCAGCGGCUGAGCGCUCGUCUCUCAGCGCAUCCUCUCCGCUCGUUACCUCUCAGCCAGGGGAGAAAGGCAAACGCCUCACGUUUACGUUUAAACACAGGGGCCCGGUUCUGCCACUCGUGCUCAGGCCAAGCCUCCCCCGAGGGCUGUCUGCAAGUCGGACCAGACGCCGAGUACCUGCCGAGUGCCGAGCACAUCCAGCUCCCGCCGAAGGCGCAGGCAGGCAGCGCUCUCGGCCUGGAAGCAGGAUGCUGCUUUUAGAUGUACGCAGAACGCCACUGGAAGUAGUUGUGGUUGGCUGGUUGGUUUUUCUUCAGUUUGGUGUUCACCGUACUUCUUUUUUAUAGCUCAAUAAAGCAGCUCCAGUACUUCGGGCAGCUUGCUAAGGUGGCAUCGUAAAGGGUUCCAGGCUGCGCCAGCCGAGUUAAAUGUGAACUUGAGAUGGAAAGUGUGAGCCAUGACAUCACAACAUUGACUGCAAAAUAGCACUAAGGCAAGGAAGACAUGUGGAAACAAUCACUUUGUUAGAAGAAAUACGCCUUUUAAAAAAAAAAAAGUUAAGCUAGGACAUGUUCCUUUAGUUAGUAACUUCAGGUCACUUAUUUAAAGUUUAUUACAGCUUCAUUUAUAUCUUUUUUACUUCUGUCCCUGUAUUUUUAGGCAGCAAUAUCAGCACAAACCGAUUUGAAUUUUUACUUCUGGCCUUAAACCAUAGCAACAUAACUUAAUUAAGAACAUUGCUCAGCGUCGCUAAAACAGGUUUUAAAAUAUCACAGAAACUCCAGUAAAGCUGUGGUGCGCAGCCAGCUAAUGUUUUUAUUAUGAAGGCCAAAAAGUAAACGUAGCCUGGUUUUUCACCCAAUUUGACUGAACAAAGUUGUUCCGAUUCUCUGUUGCUGAGCGCUGAAACUGUGGCUCGAAGAACACACGUCUUCGCUAGCACUUUCUGUACAGCCCUGUGACACCACUGUGCUCCCAAGUCUCGGAAAGAAAGCGAAAGAGAGAAUGUUAUGUUGUGCUUAUUGGACUAAUCGUUUUUGAGAAAAAAAAACUGUUGAGUGCAUUCAUUCACUGUAUUAAUAGCAUCGAGGUUUGUUGACAAUUUUACUAGAUGUUUGACAAAGGAUAAGAAUCAGCACAACAAAACAUUGGAGUAUUUGGUUUUAAUAUUUCUUUGUGGGUAUUCUGUUAAUAAAAAAUGCAAAAUGUUUCUGAACAGUGCUUAAGAACUACAAGACAAUGUGAAAUUCAUGUUUGAUAAAUUAAUACUGUAUGUCACUCGAUGUGUUACUUUAGUAAAUUGUUUUAUUUCUUUACAAAAUAAGUACAAAUAAGGGAGUAUGUUUUCACACAAAUUGGGGGUAUU